AUGACGUGCUGUUCGACUCUCAACAAUGUUCCUAUAAGAGUGUUUCUUCGACCAUCUCCAAUCAUUAUGUUUUCAACGUCAACAACCAACGACUAUCCAUUUAACAGUUAUGAUGUGACCAUCACAUUCCGGUCAAUAGAGGAUAUGCCAAAGAUCAAUACCAAUUUGUAUUCUAAUGUAUAUUUCACUGCUAAGAUUGACGAUCGCAUUUCGAUGACGUCAACACAUCAACCACUCACGUCAAUAGUUAGAUGGGAUAACGAAGAAUGGAGCGUUCUGAAGGUACCAUCUAAUGCCAAGCUUAUAGUUAAUGUUUCUUGCACAGAUGAAGAUAGUAUUGUCAAUGAACAGCUGGGUAAUUUUGAAAUUCACAAUUUUGUGAAUUACAAUGCUCCUAGUGACGGCCAUGUCGUUGCUGGUACAUUCGGUCAAUAUAACGGACGCUUUCAUUUGACGGUUCGUUCAACAAAAUCUUCCAACGAAACUCUUCAACUUCCUUGUUGUAUAUUCGAUGGGCCUUGUCGAUACUCACGGCACGAGUCCUUAACUGUCGACCGUUUUACCAAACGUCCCACUAAUGGUGUUUCUUCCACAUGGAAGGUACAAUUACGCCGUAUUCCAUACUUUUUCCCUCCAAAUCAGCAUCCACCGCUAAAGCCACAAAGCAGACCAAUGUACGAAUCGUACACUACAAAAAUGGUGCAACAACAGGUACCUCAAGGACAACUGACGAGCGCUGAUGAUUUAUGGAAAUCGAUCUUCUUCGAUAAAUCGAUACAAAACAUUAAACCACGUAUUUUCACAUACAUUAUUGAUGAUCAUGUGUGGCAAUUCAGUGAAACUGGUUAUCGAUUUUUCACAACUGUAGCCACUAAACAUACGGUCUUAGCUGACCAUUCUGAUUGUAUUCGUUAUGCGGGUGAAUUCCAUAUUCGACCUAAAUUCGGUUGGAGUCGCGUGAACGAUGAUUGGGAAAUUGUAUUUGACAAUGCAUCGGGCACAUUUUCUCCCAAUUCAGAUCUGUUAGUCAAUUUGAAAGACUUGAUGUUAUUCAAUUUUCCUGGCUUGAAUAUCGUUACUUACGAUUACAAAAAUCCAUUGUUGAGAGAUAGUAUCGAACAAUUAGAAAUGAAUAUCAGAAGAUUUGAUCGCAAAAAAACGACAACAAACGACAGAUUCAAUUUUUCGUUUACUUGA